AUGGCGGACCCACUCUUUCGCUCCCUUCUCCUCGCAGCGCUCUGCCUCGCCCUCGCACUCGGCCAAAGCCUCCUCGCCAUGGCGGACUCCGCCAGUCCAGCCAGCGCCGCGCCUCCUCUUCGCCGCGUUCCUCCAGGACCAGACGUACCCCCUAAGCACCGCUCCACCCGCCGGGAAGCUUUGGGAGAGGCCAUGCGCCCCCCUCCUAGUGGCCUGGAUCCGCAGGAGGCGCACCGCUUCGAGGGGCCCGCGUUCGCCUCCUCCUCCCUCCAUGGCCCGACCAUCAGGUGGGCUUUGGAGUGCCAGAGCAGCGGAGGGGUUCCGCGAGAUUGGGAGGCUCACCCUGUCCGUCUUCCAGUCGGUGACAUGGGUCAGCGUCGUCUUCUUCAGCAUGUGCACCAGCAACUCGCCGACAGAGUUCUUGAUGCGGCUCAAGAUCCCCCUCCUGAAGGACUUCAGCCUCCGACUGCUGUUGAGCACGGCCAGCUUCCUCAACAACAGCUUCAACAGACUUCGGCGCCAACCUUCAAGGCGUCAUGGGUGCCAUGA